AUGACAGAUAAUUAUCGAGAGAGACGAUCUUCAAGAACAAAUCAAGAUUAUUAUACUAUUCUUGAAGUUAGUCGAACAGCAACAGAUGAACAAAUCAAACGUGCAUAUCGAAGAUUAGCUUUGCAACUUCAUCCUGAUAAAAAUUCUGAUCCCGAGUCAACUGCUCGUUUUCAAUCUGUUAACAAAGCUUAUAAAGUACUUUCUGAUCCAAAACUAAGAUCAACUUAUGAUUUUUUAGGUGCACAAGCUGCUGAUCUUAUAGAUCAAUAUGAGGAAUAUCCUCAAACAAUGAAUAAAAUGUCAAGAUUGAAAAAAAUUUUAUUUGGAUUAGUAUUUUGUCUAACAGGAUGUUGCUUUGGUUUUUGUUGUUGUUGUUUGUGUGGUUGUUGUUGUUGUUGUAAUUUUUGUUGUAAUAGAUGUUGUGGAAUAUUUAGAAAUUCUACUGUAUCAACUUCAACGGAUGAAAUAGAAGCAGAAUAUAAUUCAAAUUCCCAAUUAAAUAAUUCUAUUCAUCGACAACCAAGAGACGAACAAAGAUUUUAA